GUGGUUUCGGAGAUGAAAGAGGAUAUUUCGGUCCAUGGAAAACCUGUAAAUUAUUAUUGUACAAUAGAGAGCGAUGUGGGAGUGAUGCAUCUAGGUUCAAAGUUUCAAUUUUUGUAUGGGUUGCGGGUCUGAUAGCAUCUAUUGGGGUGGCAGUUCUUGGUGUUUUCUGUUUUCUCAGUGUACUGCAAUUGGCCAUGUUGAACUCCAAGGAACAAGUCGUCGUUAAAUACAGUAUCGUUGUGAUAUCCAAAGUGGGAAUUGGUUUGCUAUCAGCAUUAUUGGCGAUUGUAGCAGCCGGCCUAUUCGCUCUGCAGAUAGACGACAGAGAAAACAACGGAUUCGAGAUCACUCGAGGGCCAGCAUUUUACAUUCAGAUACUAUUGAUAGUACUGAAUUCAGCGCUUUUCGUCAUGGCUCUCUACGAUAUGUUUUUCGCCAGGCGAGAGGGAGGCGAUCCUACAACGGUUUCAGUACCAGCAGAAGCAACUACAUACGGAAAUCCAGGUUUCAGGGAUCCAAGGUCAAAUGGUGGAGGCAUCUCCAUGACGGAUGCCAGCGGAAAACCGUACACGAUGGCCUCCAACGGUAGUAUGGCUUCCAUGAACACUACUUCCACGACCGUAGGAUCAACCAAUGGGUCAACCGUGACAUCUUCGAUCACUCGUUCGCCGUUGCGGUCGAGCUUGAAGAAGCCGAAGCCCAAGGACGGGCUGGGCAUUCAGAAUCCCGGAUAUUCCGGAACAUCGCCCACGAUGGGCCGAAACGGCAGCAUGAAAAAAGUGAGGAUACAGACUCAUAGCACGGAAGUAUAGUGAUGCAGACUGCGUACAAACUUUUUGGAACGAUUAUUGUGUUGAUAGAUAUCAGGGUUUUGGUGGCGGGAGGGGGGGGUGAAGCAGAAUCUUGAUUCUUUAAUCAGCUUUCCGAAUCAAGUCGUCAAUUUUGAUACAACAUGGAUUACACUGAGAAGUAACGAAAGAGUAUAUUUUUGAGUAUUUUUAUUCCUCUUUGUUUUUUUUCUUUCGCCAUUACUAUGAUUGAACAAUCGAAAACUAUUCAUUCUCUCAUUCUUUCAAACUGUUUUCCAUCGGGUGAAAUAUGCGCACAAUGUGAGGAGUGCACUACACAGCAUAUUAGGUUUUAUCUGUUGAUUGCCCUAUUUGAAAUUCGAUAAUGAAGUUAUCUUCAUGAGGUUACCCUGUGACCAAAUUUCAAUAACCUCAUUUGGGUUCAGAAAAACAUGUAUUCAAUACGGUGCUACUUCAAAUAAAAUGUGUCUGAAAUAAAACAUUUCAUUAAAAUGCAGCUGAAUUUCUCCAUAUAGGCUAAAAUAAUAGUCACUCGAAAAAGGUUUUUCCGAAUGGCAUUUUUCAAUAUAUAGAAAAAUAACUCUAUUUUGGUAAUUUUUUGGAAAAUUUGUAUCACGUGACUACUAAUAUUUUCCACCCCAGUAAAGCAAAAUAAAAAACAAUUGUACGAGUUGUACAAAAAGUAUAUGAAAAUUUCUUUUGUCACUAGUGGUUACGCGAAACACCAAUGUAAAAUUCAAUUUCAGCGCUUCUGGAGGGCUUAAAAAAGAUUUACUUCAAGUUCAACGUGAGGUUUUUCGAUCUAGACAAAAAAUUUAAAUGAUGUUAAGAGUUUCUGUAAGGCAGUUGUACAAAAAUUGCAUUGGACAUGUGAUGAUAUCAGGUUUUCAGCUCUGAAGGACUAAAAAUGUGUUUUCGUUUAUUUUCAACACAAAGUUUCAAUAUCUAUAGCACAAAUUAGAAUGACUCCGAAUAACAAUUCAGCAUUGACAUUCGGAAGUACAAUUUUUUAUUUUGUGAUGUGAUUCCACAAAAAUAGCGAUACACGCAAUUGAAAAAUUGUGGAUUUCUCUCCA